GGGUGCGUCAAGGGGUGAAUCAGACGAAUCCACAUUCAUGCUCAGGUACUAACUGCCACCUCGAGGCUUUUCGAUGAGUCCGCCUAUGACGCUGUCCCGCAAAUGCUCGUCAAGUCCUACGCUUUCCCACUUGAGUCGGAAUCAGGGCUUUUCAAUUUCAGUGUAGGUUGAUUUCCGCUCCACGUAGUUCGCACUGUUUCAACCGAUCCCAGCAUUGCUGACCUGUUUAAUGGUAUAUUUGAAUCGUUUUACUUUCUAGAAAGUAAUAUUCAAAUUCAUUAAAACAAAAUCAUUACUUGUAACUAACCACUAACUGAUCACAUUGGCGAGAAAUCAUCCACUUCAUUUUUCUUCAAGAUUCCUGUGUGCUCUUAGAUUAAUCCAGCAUCAAACGCUUAAGUCUCUAAGGUGGCAACUGAAUUAAGGGAAACUGCGAAACGUUCGCUAUUUCAAACGGCGAAUUUGCGCUGCCAUCGACAGAAAGGGUGGCCAUGGUUACGUUCAAAAGUCACGUGCAAUUGCAUUCGCUUUAAUUGGAUCCUGCCAUCGAAGAUCAGUCAUAAGUUAAAAGAACUAUUUGAACUUCUAAGUUUGGCUGUUCGAAGGAUUGUGAUGCUCGCAGCAUCCACUAGUCUUUUGCUCAUCUACCGAAACAUCAUUGCCUUUCUAACUAAACAUAAUUGGAUACAUUAUCAGAACUCACACCCACCAUAUUGAUAUCUACCCCGUCGAGAAGAUGAUGGAAGUGAAAAAGAGUUUCAGAUUUCGCAACAGCAUCGAUCUAAAAAACAAAAAUCGACAUCAAAUCCGAAAUCACGACAAAGCUACUUGUGUUGAUGGACUUGCAGUGUACCAGAAAACUCUCAGCAGUUACAGCAUAAGAACAAUAUUGAUGUGUUUGUUGAAAAUGCACCAGCAGCCAGCCACUAGAGGAUGGGUGCGUAAGGACUGCCUUGCCAGAGGAUUAAAAUUUCCCAAAGAUCUAAGUAAAGGCCAACAAGUGUAUGCAAAGCAUCCUGAAUCAGGCAAUUAUUGCCUGGGUCAUGUGAUGGACAAUUCAAAGACAGUCACCUAUUAUUCCAUUGAGUACAAUGAAGGAGCAAGCAGCCAAGAUACAUAUCCAGAGGACAUUCAUAACUACAACUGUAUACAGGACGGCCCACCUAUAGGUGCCGCAGUUGAAUUCUUUUGUCAUGGGAAACGUGUUACAGGUUAUCUCCGUGGAAUACUUGAGCGCCAGCUUUAUGAAUUGUGUUUUCGUGAUGGAGAAGGCACCAUUGUUAUAGCCGAACGAGAAGAAUUCUAUCAUCCCGACGAAGAGCUUCCUGGAGGUUUUGAAAAAGCCCAAGCAAUCAAAUUUAAUCCAGAGCGAACGGAUUAAGCCAUCACACGAAAGUGAGUUUCAGACAAGAAAUAAAGCCAAAAUCUUUUAUUGAUUCAGGAUUUAGGGUGAAUUUCAUUUGUCCUUACCUAAAUAUAAUCUGUUCCCUAUACCAUUUUUUAAAAUGUUUGUCUGCCGGACGUGGCUGUUAGAAUAUGGCUACUAGAAUAAAACAUCGAUGUCGCAAA